GCUGUGUUAGGAAAAGCGAGACUGUUGGGAAUUAUGCACUUGCUUGGAUUAGACGCCCUCCCGUAAGUGAGCUGUAGACUUCGGAAGAGGAUUUGGAACUUCCCCUGCAGCAUAUCCAAUCCCCAUGGAGCUUUACCGGGGCUUAAACUUCUGUGACACACAGAACGAGCAGUACAGAAUCAGUGUGAGGAAAGCGUAUGCAAGCAUUUAAGCAACCGCCCUCCCUUCCCGAGUCUGCAGCUCUGACAGCAAGAGGCUGCUAAUCCAAACCAAUCUACGGAUAUAUUUUCUCUCUACCAGGAGAAAAGGCUGGCUGAAUUAUGAAAACCGUGUAUUGUUGGAGGCAGCUUCUGUCAUUAUGACAUAUCCACAGUCUAGCUGGCUGAAGCCUUGCUGUGGUAGAAGAGCCACGAUGUGGCACAUGUUUCUGCUAAGUGCUGGUUUAAACAGCUUUUUGAUGGCCUGUGUGAUUCUGGUGGUCAUUCUAUUGACAAUGGAGCUACUGAUAGACACAAAGCUGCUACAAUUUUCAAGUGCAUCUCAGUGUUCAGGAAUCAUCCACUGGAUUAGUUUAGCAAUCCUGUCAAUGUUUUUUGUGGAGACUGUCCUAAGGAUCGUUAUACUGGGUAUAUGGGAUUAUAUUGAAAACAAAGUUGAAGUGUUUGAUGGGGCAGUAAUUGUUCUCUCAUUGGCUCCUAUGGUUGCCUCCACUGUUGCCAAUGGUCCCAGCAGCCCUUGGGACGCUAUCAGUCUCUUCAUCUCCUUGCGCAUUUGGAGAAUCAAACGAAUUAUUGAUGCUUAUGUUUUACCAAUGAAAGUAGAGAUGGAGAUUAUGGUGCAGCAGUAUGAGAAAACCAAACUCAUCCAGGAGGAGCAGCUGGAACACCUAACACAAAUGUGCCAAGAGCAAGCAUUUGAGAUUAGACAGCUGAGGGCUCAUCUUGCACAACAGGACUUGGAUCUGGUUGCAGAGAGAGAAAGAGCUCUAAAAAUCCCCCAUGAACUCCAGAAACAAAAUGAUCGAUUCAAAGUGAUCACAAACAGAGACUCGGAUGAUGAUGCUACCGAGAACAUUGCAGAGCUACCUCAUGAAGUCAUUACGAAGGACGACAUGAACAAUUACAUCACACAGUAUUAUAAUGAACCCAGCAGUGAAAGUGGCAUUCCUGGCACGUGCAUUUUCACUACGGCUGCCAUCGAUGUUCAUCACCACCCUAACAUUUCCUCUGACCUCUACUCCAACGAAGUACAACUCAACCCAGAACAGAACAGCAGCUCUGGCAGUGUGACGUCAGGGAGCGUCUCCCGAUCCCCUGAAAGCUCCGAAACAUUAGCCCAGAGCAUCAGCAGUCAGGUGUUUUGCUCAUCUACAGACUUCAGUACCAGGGAAGAGUCCACUGAUUAUUGUCCUUUGGCCCAAACUGUCAGACACACCGUGAAUAAUGUAGCAGACAAGGAACUCCUAUCAUCUUUUUCUGAAGACACAUCUUUAAUUCACAAGAGGCUGGAUCCAGCCAACCUUCAUCUGAGCAAACCUGCAGCCUUAUUAAGCUCAUCUAGCCCUAAACACAUAGCUGGAAUAAACAUCAGUAACCGGGUGACCCAGGAGGGAUUUGGAACAUUCCAUGAUAAAGCAAAGUUACCCAUUAAUCUUCACCUUCUAGAAAGUAAAUAAACAGAAUUACAUUGCAACAUGAUGCAAAAGUCCCUCAUCCGAUUUUAAUACUGAUUCUUAUAGGCAAUAGGUUCCUGUUUAGGCUUGUGCAGUAAAUUAAGGGUUGCUGCUCCCGCACUGUGAAACAAAGCAAAGCUGCAUUUCAGAGCUCUUCCUCACUAGACAGAUUACUUUGGCAGUUCAGGUUCUCAUUCUCAGGAGAUAAAGAUUUCGCAUAAACGAUCACUUGUCUGAUCGCAUAUUUAGGGCUCAAUUUACUAACAAUCCACCUAUGUGAUUUAACAUCCAUUACCAGGAAAAAAGUAAUGGCUUUUCUAAAUGAGAAACAGGCGCUAUGUCUGUUGCUUUCAUUUUUUUUAUGCUACUGCAGCUUUAUACACCCCCCAUAUCUGUUACCAUGCAUAGAAAUAGUCUUUACUCUGAAUUCUGCAUGAUUACAUAUAGAUUAUCUAUUUGUACCUUAGCAGGUGUUUUGGGGGGUCCUAAACUGCCCCCAGUAUAUAUACACACACACACACACACACCAACCAUCAUUUACUUUUUAUCCAGGGAUACUGAACACCAUGCUGCCAUCUUCCCAGGCAUCCUUGUCCUUUAAAGGAGAAUUCAACCUGUAACAUAAAAAAACCCUACCUCACCCCCCCCCCCCAGCCUACCUGACUUUUACUUACCCCUUGGUGCAGAUUCUGUCCUCAGGAGUUAACGGCAGCCAUCUUCUUUUCUUAGUUAAACUUCAGAAGCAGAUCGUCGUUUUCAGCGCAAGCGCAGUUGGAGUAAUAUUCCCGGUCCCAAACAACUGCGCAUGUGCUGAAAGUCAUAAAAAUGUCCGAAAAUGUUUCUAGCUUUGGCCCUGUAAGUAUUGCACACCCAGGGUGGGAGAGCCUGAGCUUCCUUGUCUUGUGCACCUGUACCUUCUACCCAGGCCUGGGAGAGUAUUCUGUAGGCAGAUCAGGAAUUCCCAAACAGGGGGCUUCCUAUAGACAUGAAAUCUCUAUACAUGAUGCCGCCUCGAUGCUGAAGCUGGAUAUAAAGAUUCUUAGUUUAGCCACGUAACUAAUAGGGGUCUUGGCUGCUUCCGAGUGUCAGUUUUACAACUGUGUCACAUCGUGAAUACCACCCCCCACAUCCACUUGGGAAUCAGCAGGAGCAAAACAAAGAUGUGCAGCUUAUGUCCCACUGUAAAGCCGUGCCUCUGAGAACAUAUAAGCAAUGGGAGAUACGUUGUGUUUGGUAAAUAUGGCCCUUUACUAUUUGCAUGUUUAGGAUUAUUGGGAGGACAAUACAGGGUCCACCCCUGGAAUAUAAGAACGAGGGGUUGUUUCUGCAUAGUCACACUGUUUACCAAGCUGCUUUCAUAUAUUUCAGUAUAAAGCAACGAGUAGAUAUUUUAUACAAAUGCUGCUAUAUUUUUGAAUGCACAAACCAUUUUGGCAGUAUUUGGUAAAUGCAAAUAAAUGAUCAUGUGCAAGAUG